UGGUUGGGUAAUCUGGUUUUCUCUUUAUAGCUAGUAGCGGCUGGUUGGUUAAUCUCCUGAAAUAACGCCUGUAUUGUCAGUUGUCUCAGUGCUUGUGUUUUUAAACUCUCCUUGCGAUAACGAUACUCUCGAAUAGUGUCAGUGACAGAAGCGAAAGACACGCCAAAGUUAAACACAGGACUUUGGGGUGUUAGUGUUUUCUUCCAGGAUGCUAGCUAGCUAGCUAAACAGCAGCGGUGUCCGGAUGCUUUGAACAGCAGCGCAGCGACUUCGCGGAGUUUCUCGUCGGUUUUGGAUCAUGUCAAGCAACCGGCCACAGCAAAGCGCAGGUAGGACCAGUUCUGUGUCCAGCCCAAGUAGCAACAUGCCGGGAGGCGCUGUAAGCGCUAACGGCAACAGUUCUACAAACAUCGUGCCUUCCCGGAGCCUUUCAGUAGCCAGUGAGGGCGUCUUGUCCGUGCCCACUUUAGCCGCCGUGCAGUCGUCCAGGGGCGGCUUGGCUUCGCUGGGCAGAGCUUCUGCGUCGUCGGGCGGGAGUAGAAAGAAGACUCUCCAUCAAACACCCCUCUACAACGGCCUCCUGAAUUCGUACGAAGAUAAAAGCAAUGAUUUUGUCUGUCCCAUUUGCUUCGACAUGAUUGAAGAGGCACACAUGACUAAAUGCGGGCACAGCUUUUGCUUCAAAUGUAUUCGGCAGAGUCUGGAGGACAGCAACAGGUGUCCCAAAUGUAACUAUAUUGUUGACAACAUUGAUCAACUCUACCCAAACUUUCUUGUAAAUGAAUUGAUCCUUAAGCAGAAACAGAGGUCAGAAGAGAAAAGACUAAAAUUAGAUCAUCCUAAUGGCUCCAGGUGGCAGGUUUUCCAGGAUGUGCUGAGUCCAGAUCAAGAGAACUUAGACCUGGCUAAUGUCAAUUUGAUGCUGGAGCUCCUGGUCCAGAAGAAGAAACAGCUGGAGGCUGAGUCCCAAGCAGCUCAGAGGCAGAUUCUUAUGGAGUUCCUAAAAGAAGCCAGAAGAAACAAGAGGGAGCAACUGGAGCAAUUACAGAAGGAGCUGAACUUUCUAGAAGAGGACAUUAAGCGUGUUGAGGAAAUGAGUGGCUUGUAUUCUCCAGUUAUGGAGGCAGAGUGCACUGUGCCUAAUGUGGAGGCUCCUUCACCAGCACCCAGCUGUAGUAGUAUUAUUGAUCCUCCAGAGUACAGCCAGCCUCCAGGGUUUGGAGGUGCAGUUCAGGGGAAGAGACAAACGUGGUACAACAGCACUCUGGCAUCUAAAAGAAAGCGGCUGACGGCUCACUUUGAAGAUCUGGAACAGUGCUACUUCUCCAACAAAAUGUCACGUAUCACAGAGGAAGGCAGGAACCUGAAUCAGCUAGAUGACUUUAUGGAGUGUUUGUCCAAGUUCACCCGCUACAACUCAGUGCGGCCACUGGCCACCCUGUCCUAUGCCAGUGACCUCUACAAUGGCUCCAGUAUUGUCUCCAGUAUUGAGUUUGACCGUGACUGUGACUACUUUGCUAUUGCUGGAGUAACCAAGAAAAUCAAAGUGUUUGAGUAUGGCACAGUAAUCCAGGAUGCGGUGGACAUUCAUUACCCUGUCAAUGAAAUGACUUGCAAUUCCAAAAUCAGCUGUAUCAGCUGGAGCAGUUAUCACAAGAACCUUCUGGCCAGCAGUGACUAUGAGGGUACAGUCAUCCUUUGGGAUGGAUUUACAGGCCAGAGGUCCAAAGUAUACCAGGAACAUGAAAAAAGAUGUUGGAGUGUUGACUUUAAUCUGAUGGACCCCAAACUCUUAGCAUCCGGUUCUGAUGAUGCUAAAGUGAAGUUGUGGUCAACCAAUCUUGACAAUUCGGUUGCCAGCAUCGAGGCCAAAGCCAAUGUUUGCUGUGUAAAAUUCAGCCCAACCUCCAGGUAUCAUCUGGCCUUCGGCUGUGCAGACCACUGUGUCCACUACUAUGAUCUACGCAACACUAAGCAACCAAUCAUGGUGUUCAAAGGCCAUAGGAAGGCAGUCUCCUAUGCCAAGUUUGUCAAUGGAGAGGAAAUCGUUUCUGCUUCAACAGACAGCCAGCUGAAGCUAUGGAAUGUUAACAAACCUCACUGCCUCCGGUCCUUCAAAGGUCACAUCAAUGAGAAGAACUUUGUUGGCCUGGCUUCCAAUGGAGACUAUGUUGCUUGUGGCAGUGAGAACAACUCCCUGUACUUGUACUACAAAGGCCUUUCAAAGACAUUGUUAACAUUUAAGUUUGACACAGUGAAGAGUGUCCUGGACAAAGACAAGAAAGAAGACGACACAAAUGAGUUUGUCAGCGCUGUUUGCUGGAGGGCACUGCCUGAUGGCGAGUCAAAUGUAUUGAUUGCUGCAAACAGUCAAGGAACAAUCAAGGUGCUGGAGCUGGUCUGAAGGUGCACUACAUCAACCUUUUUUCAUAACUGCCUUCAGUCUCAGUGCUUGUAGGUGUAGCGUAUGGAUGUAAGAAGAGCCAUGCUGUCUGCUGAAAACUGAUGCCUGCUACACUGGGAGAACUAAAAUAAAUGGAACCCUCUUCUUGUAAUGAGCCUCAAAUAUUACAGCAGAGAGACAUGAACUAGUGUGCAUUUGGAGAUAUGUUGUAAUUUUGCAGCAAAUAUGGGCACCCUGGCUUUGAUACACAAUGGGAGGAGGGCCUAUAGAUGCAUUUUUUUUUUUCACUCAGCUGCAAUAGAAUUUUCUUUGGUUUUAUAUCAAAUCAAAAUUUGUACCUUUUUAAUUAAUUUAUUGUUCUCAAGGGUACAUCCAGCCAAAUGCCACUAGUUUCCCUUUUAUUAAAGACCAAUGUCACAAAAUGCAGAAAUGUCUUCACAUGAAGCUUUUAAUCCCCCCACCUCCCAACCCGCUCUGCAUUUGUGUUUUUCAGUUUGGGAGAAACUCGUUUUAAUAAAUAUGACUUGAAUCACAUACUGUCAUGUAUCAUGCUUUUUUCCGUUUCCCUGUAAUAAAGUAGCAUGACAAGGAAUUCGGUACACAAGAGUUGUGAAUUAUGGAAAUGUUGAGGAACUGUCUUAAUAUAUAUGUUACUCAUGGAACAAAAUUAAAUGAGGUAAUGUAAUUUUGUGAUCACAGUAAUUCUCACUGAGAUUAAGGCGUGGAUCAGCACAGCCAUUUUAUUUUGUAAACUUCCCCCCUCCCCCAUCAGUAUUGGAAAACAAAAUGCCACAAUCAGAUAUGGCUCCGAAGGACUCAUUACCUGAGAGAUUGAGCUUCAAAUGGCUGACGUCAACAAACUGACUAUUUUUUUUAAGUGACUUUAUGUUGGCAUAAAUAACGAUGCACAAAAUUUAAGAGGAUUUGGUUCAAGCCACCAAGGCAAGUAUUUUAUAAGUAAGGUGUUUUGUAUUUGUAUAACUGAAUAAAUUAUUUGUAA